AAUAAUUUAAAUCCUACCAAAGACGAGAAAAAAAUAAUCCUAAUCCCAUGAACGACCUAGUAGUUCCCGCCGAUCUAGUGGAAGAAAUUUGUCUCCGAUUGCCCUUGAAAUCGCUCCUCAAAUUUAAAACUGUCUCAAAACAAUGGAGAUCAAUACUGGUGUCGAGGAGUUUCGCGAAGAGGAGGCGUAUGAUUAUGAAUACUGUUCUAAAUAAGCCGCAAAUCCUGGCGGCGGCCGGAAAUCACCGGACCGUGGGGCGAUUAAAUGACGACGAAGAAGAGGUCGAGAUGUUCUAUUUACACUGCGAUGCAGCCGCCACACGACCCUCGUUGACAUGUGACGGUCUUGUUUGCAUCCCUCUACCAGGUUGGAUCAACGUUUUGAAUCCUUCCACCGGAGAGUUACUCAGCUUCCCUUCCGGUCCAGAUCCAGUUAAAACCGACCGCUAUGAUCGCCUCUAUUCCGACGAUUCUUGGUUCGACAUUUUCCCUGGAUAUUGGGCAAUGGGAUUCGGUAGGGACGAAGUUAAUGGGAGCUAUAAAGUAGUGAGGAUGUUCUUUGAUACUAAACAAUCUGAGAUUCUUGAUUUGAACGUUGGGGAAUGGCGGAUACUGCCAAGUCCACCUCCUUACUAUGUGGAAGCUAGAAGGAAGUCGGCGUGUGUGAAUGGGUCUAUCUAUUGGUUGCAGUACAUACCUGGUUUCAAGAUACUAGCUUUGGAUCUUCAUACUGAAGAGUUUCGUGAUGUUCCUCCACCACCUGCACCCGCGCAGCCAGGCCAGCUAGUGAACCUUGAAGACCGUCUAGCCAUAGCCAUAGCGAAUGCUCCACCUAAUUAUUGGGAGUUAAAGAUAUGGACCAUGGAUGUAGAAGACGAAACAUGGAGCAAGACAUACACUAUAUAUUUGUUCUCUAGAGGUCUUGACCCUAUAACAUGGAGAUUGUGGUGCAGGCCUGUGGCGGUUUCUAAGAAAGGUAAUCUUUUCUUCCAUGACAGUCAGAACCGGUUGUUCAAAUACUAUCCUCAGGCAGAUACGGUCCGCUGCAUCUCUUCCGAUAUCCGAGUCAUCUCACCUUUCAGUGAAAACUUGUUUCCACUUCGACAUCUGGAUUCUGCUCCUGGAAUAAGGACAUUUGGAUUUCAGCAGCUAAUGCCGGGCUCUUGGAUUUCCAGAAUGUCUAGACGAAUUGAAUUGCAGAUUGCAGACAUUUUGUUUACCACAGCUGUUGCAGCUUCUGUAAUUUUUUUGGCUACUAGGUCUUGAUUAUUGAAAGUCGUAACUUCUUUAUCGAAACAUAAUAUAAUCCUUUUGGUA